AUGGAGGAUGUCAUUCUUGACCGUAUCACCAUGACGACAGAUGACAAGGAGGGACUUGUGGAUAUGGAAGAAGAAGACAACAUCAAGACUAAGAGAGAGUGCUAUAAAAUUCUGGCUGUGAUAAGUACUAUAUGGAUAUUUACGUUUACUGCCUAUUCAGGACUACAGAAUCUAGAGAGUAGUUUGAACCCUGGAGUGGGAACGUAUUCCCUAGCCGCGUUGACAGGAGGUGGACUUGUGUCCUGUCUUCUAGCUCCAGCUGUACUCAAUUUCAUCGGUCCAAAAUGGGCACUCGUUAUAUCCUGGGUGUGUCUAUGUGUAUUUAUUGGAGGGAACUAUUACCCGAAAAACUACAUUUUGAUUCCUGCAGCAGCGAUAGAGGGAUUAUCAACCGGGAUAAUGUGGACUGCACAGGGCAUUUAUGUAGCACAUGCUGCCAUGCAGUUCUCUAGCAUAUCUGGAGAAUCUUUCGAUAGCGUACUAAGUAGGUUUUUUGGGAUUUUCUGCAUGGCAUUCCAGAGUACUCAGAUCUGGGGAAAUCUCAUCUCUUCCGCCGUGCUCCAGCAUGGUCACAAACCACCUCCAAUGCCAAACACUACUCUGGUGUGCGGGGCAGACGAAUGUCCCACUAGUAUGUCAAUACCAGCUCUUCCGGAGACUACAAUCAUUUACAUACUCAUUAGUAUUUACAUGGGACUUACUGUCAUUGGGCUCUUUAUAACGCUGUUUUUACUGAAGCCUUUGAAGAAGAAAAUGGAUCAGGAGAGUAUAGGCAAGUUACUUCUGUCAACUGUUAAGUUACUGGCUACAGACAUCAACAUGGCUUUGUUAGUACCUUUUAGUUUCUACACUGGCUUGGAGCAAGUCAUCAUGUACGCCGAGUACACAAAGUCGUUUGUAGCCUGCCGACUAGGAGUUGAGUGGGUGGGUUACACAAUGAUAUGUUUCGGAGUUUUCAAUACCAUGGGCUCCCCUCUAAGUGGAACCUUGGCCAAGUACGUUGGACGAGGCUUGUUACUGUUAAUUGCCUUCCUUCUAAAUCUUGGCGUCCUUGCUGGCCUCCGAUUUUGGGCUCUCCCAGAGGAUCCUACCUUUAAACAGACGAUAUUGUUCUUUGUGUUCCCAGGGAUAUGGGGACUGGCGGACUCUAUAUGGCAAACUCAAAGUGCAACCCUUGUGGGAGUGGCCUUCAAAGACAAACAAGAACCGGCGUUCGCUAACUUGCGAUUGUUCCAGGCAAUGGGUUUCACUGUAGCGUAUCUAUAUAGUAUACACCUGUGUGAGUUCAUCAAGUUGUACAUCGCGGGGGCCUAUGUCACUUUGUCUAUGGUGCUAGUGGCUGUUGUCGAAAUCCGCCUUCGUAGACAAGCGAGCAGCAAUGACAUCCAGAUGAAAUCAUCGGAAUACUGA